AUGUCCGAGCCAUCUCCCUUUCCACCCAACUUCAGCAUCGCGACUCCACACCUGAAGAUCCACCCAUUCGACCCCUCAAAUCCCGCCCACUGCACCUUUUUAGUGGAAUUAUGGAACACCGAGGACUUCAUCUCCUCCUGUGGAAAAACAGGAAUUAACACAUUAGCGAAAGCCUCUGAGUUCCUACAACGACGAGCCAUAGCAGACUACGUCCGCAAUGGCUUUGGAAUGUUUCUACUUUCGCGACAAUCGGACAUGAAAUUGAUCGGCACAGUCUCCCUCACCAAAGGGGCCCCGCCAGACCCGCACUAUCUUGCCCCAGACGUCGGAUUUUCCAUUUUACCAGAAGAAAAUGGGAAGGGAUAUGCGACCGAGGCGGCUGUGGGUCUGCUCAAGUAUGCUAAAGCUCAGCUUGGGAUAGAUGCUGUGUUUGGAUUUUGUAGCGCGGAGAAUAAACGGAGUUGCAGGGUGCUGGAGAAAAUCGGACUUGAAUUUCGAGGUGUCAAGUGUUUGAAGGUUUUUGGAGGGCAACAAAGUGCGGUGUAUGCUUCACCGGAGAUGAGUCCAGACUUGGGGGUCUACGGUCUUGAAGAGUGA